AGUAAAACUUCCAUAUGAAAAAAUACACAUUAUUAAAUGUACGUUAUUAAAAAUGUGGAUUUUACUUUUCCCCCUCAAAUCUUUUGCUUCAUAUACUGUUGGAACAAUGAAGAGGAUUCAGAAUUUGAUAUCGUACAGCAAAAUGACAUUAAACGGCACUUUGAAGGUAGUUUGACUGCAGUGCGUAAAGGAAUCCAGCGCGUAAGAGGUUAAACGGCCUCUUUGGAAAAGUCCAUUGUUUGCCACUGAAGAGGGGGGAGUGGUCUGUACCAUUCCACGAGCCUUUCAACUCGACUGAAUGAGGAGCCGUUGUUUCCAGUCCCCCAUGCCGGAGGUGAAGGGGUCCACUUGUGCCCAUAGAGGGAUCCAGAAACUCAAUUAAAUAUCGUGGAUACAACUUGAAUAAGCAUCGAUCAUCUAAAAGCUACUGGAACUGCAACAGAACUGUAACAUAAAGGAGAUGAAGAAGUGAGUGUGGUCCAUUGCUGAUGCAUGUACCUUGCUGGAUCUCAAGCAAUUACUCCUGAUCUGGGCGACGAAAUCCAGAAAAGUUCCGGGGAUCCAAAAAGAGGAGAGAGAAAGUCAAAGGGUACAGGAUGAUGUGACUGGGAGCAUUGACGUGUACAAUCAGGAGCAAUUUUUCACAGCUCAUUUCAGAAAGUCAUUGCACAUAUUAAGGAUUAACACGGCUGACUUUAUCCCGGAGUACCACUUUCUUUACAUUUCUUAUACCGAUUCCUUCCCAGUCUGCAGAGAUGCCCCGUCUGGCGUGCAAGUUAGGCUAGGCAUGGCGAGCUUGUGGGGGUAGCAGGGUGCAAGCAUCAAUUGAACUUCUUAAACAAGCAAAAAAACAAACCCCAACACUGUCCCGAUGCAGUGAAAGUUAGUCAUUACAUGAUAAGCAUAAAUAAUAUAAUUUAUCCUCAACAUCUUGAGUGUUUGAAUAAUAGCGAAUGUUUAUUUUCUAUGUUGAAAGGACUGCUGACCAUUUAAAGGGACAACUAAUUUGGAUUUGCUGCUCUUUAUUUUUUUGCAUCUGGACACCAUCAAUUAUAAGUCGAAACAAGUACCAGUUCUGCUUUGGAAAUAGGGAUAUAGGGUUUUAAAAUUCAACAUAGGAUUAUGAAGGACCGGCCGUCAAUACUGCUGCACUAAUAAAUUGCGGAUUGUAUUUUUCCCAGUCGAGAGCUUUGGAAUGAUGUCUGCAAGUUUUAUGGGAAUUUUGCUUUUCGCCGGAUUUCUUCACAUGUGCUCAGGAUCGCGUCUGCGCCAGGAGGACUCCCCUCCCCGCAUUGUGGAGCACCCCUCCGACCUGAUCGUGUCCAAGGGCGAGCCGGCCACCCUAAACUGCAAGGCGGAGGGCCGGCCCACGCCCACGGUGGAGUGGUACAAGGACGGCGAGCGCGUGGAGACGGACCGGGAUAACCCACGUUCGCAGCGCAUGCUGCUGCCCAGCGGAUCGCUCUUCUUCCUGCGCAUCGUCCACGGCCGCCGUAGCAAGCCGGACGAGGGCAGCUACAUCUGCGUGGCCCGUAACUACCUGGGCGAGGCUGUCAGCCACAAUGCUUCACUUGAAGUUGCCAUCCUACGUGAGGACUUUCGGCAGAACCCCUCAGACGUGAUGGUGGCAGCGGGCGAGCCGGCCGUGAUGGAGUGCCAGCCUCCCAGGGGGCACCCUGAGCCCACCAUCUCCUGGAAGAAGGAUGGAGCAAACAUCGACGACCGGGAUGAGCGAAUCACGAUCCGAGGCGGGAAGCUGAUGAUCACAAACGCACGGAAGAGUGACGCCGGGAAGUACGUGUGCGUGGGCACCAACAUGGUGGGCGAGCGGGAAAGCGAGAUCGCCGAGCUCACCGUGCUGGAGCGGCCCAGCUUUGCGAAGAGGCCCAGCAGCCAGGUGGUGCUGGUGGAGGAGAGCGUGGAGUUUAGGUGUGAGGCUCGCGGGGACCCCGUUCCCACGGUGCGCUGGAGGAAGGAGGAUGGAGACCUUCCCAAGGGGAGGUAUGAAAUCCGCGAGGACCACACCCUGAAGGUGCGGCGUGUGAGCACGGCCGACGUCGGCUCCUACACCUGCGUCGCAGAGAACAUGGUGGGCAAGGCAGAGGCUUCCGCUACCCUCACUGUCCACGUUCCCCCGCUGUUCGCAGUCCGGCCCCGGAACCAGGUGGUGCCAGUGGGUCGUACAGUUACCUUCCAGUGCGAGGCUACUGGGAACCCGCAGCCAGCUAUAUUUUGGCAGAGGGAGGGCAGUCAGAACCUGCUGUUUUCGUCCCAGCCCCCCCAGCCUUCCAGCCGGUUUUCCGUCUCCCAGACAGGCGAUCUGACUAUCACAGACGUCCAGCGCUCCGACGGCGGGUUCUACAGCUGCCAGGCCCUCAACAUCGCCGGCAGCGUGAUCACCAAGGCCCUGCUGGAGGUCACCGAUGUGGUGUCUGAUCGGCCACCUCCGGUGGUCCGGCAGGGUCCAGCAAACCAGACAGUGUCGGUGGAUGGGACCGUGGCUCUCAGCUGCCUCGCCACAGGAAACCCCCCUCCCACCAUCCUGUGGAGGAAGGAUGGAGUGCUUGUGUCCACCCACGACUCACGGAUAAAGCAGCUAGAUACAGGCGCGCUGCAGAUUCGCUAUGCCAAGCUGGGUGACACGGGCAUGUACACCUGUACCGCUUCCACACCCAGCGGAGAGGCGUCCUGGAAGGCCUAUCUAGAAGUUCAGGAGUUUGGAGUCCCAGUGCAGCCGGCAAGGCCAACAGACCCCAAUCUCAUUCCCAGUGCCCCCUCUAAGCCAGAAGUGACCGACGUCACCCGCAACUCCGUCACCCUGUCCUGGAAGCCCAACCUCAAUUCAGGAGCCACGCCCACCUCCUACGUCAUCGAGGCCUUUAGCCAUGCCUCCGGCAGCAGCUGGCAGACGUUGGCAGACCAUGUCAAAACGGAGUCAUUCGUUCUGAAGGGUCUGAGACCCAGCGCUGUCUACCUGUUCCUGGUGCGGGCUGCCAAUGCCUACGGCCUGAGUGACCCCAGCCCCAUCUCUGAUGCCAUCAAGACACAAGACAUUCUGCCCACCAGCCAGGGCAUGGACCACCGGCAGAUCCAGAAGGAGCUUGGAGAUGUAGUGGUCCACCUGCACAACCCCACCAUCCUGUCGUCCUCCUCCGUCAGGGUGCAGUGGACAGUGGAACAGCAGUCCCAGUACGUUCAGGGCUACAAGGUGAUGUACCGCUCCAGCCCAGAAGGCGGACAGCCUCGCGGGGAGUGGGGCGUCUUUGAGGUGCGCAGCCCGGCGGAGGACAGUGCUGUUGUGCCUCAGCUCAAGAAGGGGGUCACCUAUGAGUUCAAGGUGCGCCCGUACUUUGACGAGUUCCAGGGGACGGACAGCGAGGUGAAAGUGGCCAAGACGCUGGAGGAGGUCCCCAGCGCAGCGCCCCAGGGGGUCACCGUGAGGAACAGCGACAGCAACAGCACAUCCAUCGUGGUCUCCUGGAAGCCACCGCCAGAGGAAGACCAAAACGGCGUUGUCCAGGAGUAUAAGAUUUGGUGCCUGGGGAACGAGAGCAGGUACCACGUGAAUCGUACUGUGGACGGGUCCACCUUCUCGGUGCAGCUGCCCAGCCUGUCCCCCGGGAUCCGCUAUAGUGUGGAGGUGGCCGCCAGUACCGGGGCUGGCCCGGGAGUCAGGAGUGAGGUCACCGUCUUCGAGCUGGAUUCCUCUGGCCGCAUCAAGACCCCAGACCAGCCCCUGUCCCAGCAGAUCUCGGACGUGGUGAAGCAGCCGGCCUUCAUUGCCGGCAUCGGUGCCGCCUGCUGGAUCAUCCUCAUGGUCUUCAGCAUCUGGCUCUAUCGACACCGCAAGAAGAGGAGCGGGCUGAGCAGCAGCUACGCAGGCAUCCGCAAGGUUCCAUCGUUCACCUUCACCCCGACAGUGUCCUACCAGAGAGGCGGAGAGGCAGUCAGCAGUGCUGGGAGGCCCGGCCUGCUGAACAUCGCGGAGCCAACUACCCAACCCUGGCUGGCCGACACCUGGCCCAACUCGUGCUCCAACCCAAAUGACUGCUCCAUCAACUGCUGCACAGCAGGAAACGGCAACAGCGACAGCAACCUGGCGACCUACAGCCGCCCAGCUGAUUGCAUCGCCAACUAUAACAACCAGCUGGAAAACAAGCAGACUAACCUGAUGGUGCCCGAGUCGGGGGUGUACAGCGACGUGGACCUCCCCAGCAAGAUCAACGAGAUGAAGACCUUCAAUAGCCCCAACCUGAAGGAUGGCCGCUUCACCGGCCCGGGGGGGCAGCCAACCCCCUACGCCACUACCCAGCUCAUACAGUCAAGCAUCACCAGCAGCAGCAAUGUCAACAGCAGUGGUGGAGGGGGGAGUGACCUCAAUGAGAAGCAUUGCUGGAAGCCGCCACCUGGGUCGCAGCAGAAGCAGCAGGAUGUGACCUCACAGCUGCAGUACAGCAUCAUGGAACAGAACAAGCUUAACAAGGAGCAUUACAGAGGGGGGGACGUGCCGGCCACCAUCCCCUACAGCCAGGCACACGAGGGCCACGCCUCAGGCGCCUACAGCAGCUCUGAGCGAGGCAGCAGCAGCACCUCUGGGAGCCAGGGUCAGAAGAAAGGCGUCCGCACCCCCAAGCUGCCUAAACAGGCCAACAUGAACUGGGCCGACCUGCUGCCCCCUCCCCCCGCCAGCCCCCCACCCUGCCGCAGCGUGGAGGAGUAUUCCCUGCCGAUGGGUGACAGCUACGACGCAGACGCGCAAUGCCCGCUCCCCCCCUCGCGGAUGUACCUGCAACCCGGGGAGCUGGAAGAGGAGGAGGAGGAGGCAGAGAGGGGCCCUACUCCUCCUGUGCGCGGGGCAGCCUCCUCUCCCGCGGGCGUGUCCUACAGCCACCAGUCGACAGCCACGCUGACGCCAUCACCGCAAGAGGAGCUGCAGCCCAUGCUGCAGGAUAGCCCCGAGGCCCUGGGCCCCCCGCAGCAGGACCGCAGACACCAUACUGUGAGCCCGCCUCCCCCCCCACGGCCUUUGUCCCCCCCGCACACCUACGGCUACAUCUCCAGCCCCCUGGUGCUGGACACGGACGGCAUGGAGGAGGAGGAGGAGGAGGAAGGGGACGAGACAGACGCGGAGCUGGCCCAGGCGCACCUGCACUUGCGGCAGCAUCCCCCACUGCAGCCACGCCGCCUGCCGCCCCGCGGCCUGGAGCAGACUCCAGCCUCCAGUGUAGGUGACCUGGAGAGCUCCGUCACCGGCUCCAUGAUCAACGGCUGGGGCUCCGCCUCGGAGGAGGACAACGCCUCGUCCGGCCGCUCCAGCGCCGUCAGCUCCUCCGACGGCUCCUUCUUCACCGACGCCGACUUCGCCCAGGCCGUGGCUGCCGCCGCCGAGUACGCCGGGCUCCGCGUGGCCAAAUACCCCCCCUCCGAGGCGGGGCCGGGCGGCCGGAAGUAUCCCAUGGCCCCCCCAGGCCGCCGUCCCGGCAGCCCCGUGUCGACCGACAGCAACAUGAGCACUGCCGUCAUGCAGAAGCGACCGCCCAAGAAGCAAAAGCAGCACGUGGCCGCCCCCCCACUGCACCAGCGCCAGCGCGAGCACUUCCAGGAAGAACUGCCCCCCCCACCGAUCCCACCGCCGGCAUCACUCAAGUCACCCACUCACCCCUCCAAGUCAGCUCUGGAGGGCUGGGCGGAAUCCCGCGACGUGGAGGGCAGGAGAGCGCCCCCUGGGGGAUACCCCCGGACCAGCUCCGCCGAGCGCAGGGAGGUGCAGGAGCGGCUCAAGGCCUCACGUGGAAGCAAGGGCGGCAGACAGGAGGGGCCCCCCAGCACCAAGGGCCGGCAGCAAGCAGGGACAGAGAACAUCCCCCCCUAUAGCCGGCCCUCCUUCCCUGGCAUGCACAGCCCUCGGGAUCGUGAGCCCAGCUCCUCCAGCUCCAUGUCCUCCCGGGGCUCAGGGGGGCGGCGUAGGGGAGAGGCGGCCCCAGGAGGGCGAUGGAACCCCACUGACGGAGGGCACAGCACCAUGGGGGCCUUUCAGGCUGCAGAUGGAGACCUAGAGCUGGUGGAGAGCUGAAGCCCAUGCAGGGAAUCCCAAAAGGCCAUCACAGCCAUUUCAGGGUGGGCGCGUGUCCCCUCGCUGGAUUUUAAAUGUCACAGCAUCCGACCGGCAUCCUUUUCUGACAGUUACGUCAAUCAUGUUUCUUCGCAUCUGGAAAAUUGACCAAUAUUUUUGUUUUUUUUUUAUUUUUUGAAUUUUAUUUUUCGGUAUCCAUUUAAAAGAAACGAUGUAAGAGAGGGAAAGAGGAAAAAAAUAUGAAUUUCGAACAAAUUGCUUGGUGGUAUUUUAGGCUAAAUAUCAAUGCAAUGCGGAGUCAGAGUUUUCUCAUGCUGUUAGUUUGUCCAGUUGAAAAUUUACUAACAGAAUCACAAGAGCUCUUACAGUCAAUUGUUACUGUAAUAAAAUUAGCUACAAGCAAGUGGGUGGGCUAUCUUGUAAAUAUAUAUAAAUAUAUACAUUUUUUCCAUAAUAACCUGUUGUGGUACUUAAAAUUUGUCUUCCUUGUUUGAUAUUUUCAAUAAUAAUUAUUUUAUUAUACUGUUAAUUAUAAUUAUUUUCUUGUUUUCAUCAUGUUGUAAAUUGUUAAAUCAUUUAACCACCCCAAGAAAGUACCACAUAGGGAUUUAUUUUGUGUAAUGCACUGUUAUACUUUUUUUGUCGUCAAUGUUUAUUUGUUUUGUUUUUUGGUUUUAAAAGCACAAUCACUAAAAUUUAUUUUAAACCAUUUUAUCUAUUAACCUUUUUGUCUUACUGGAGGACUACAGGCAUGAAAAGAGAGCCUCAUCGGUCAGGAUGAUGUAGGUAACGAUGUGAACGAUGUGAAGUUGUUGAGGAGUGUUUCUCUGGUGAUAAUAGAGGGAACUGUGAGGGGGGGGAGUUAGAAUGAUUCCAAGGGCCCAUGAGUGACAGGGGCCCUAAAAAAUUUAGAACAUAAUUGGAUUGGUCGGGGUAGGGGUCCAAUAUGAUAUAGGGCCCAAAAUGUCUAGUAGCACGUCUGGGCCUAUGUGAGGGAGUUUGGGCAAACUGCUGAGAAUCUAGGGCUUUACAUGGUUAAGAUUGCCAGCCCAGCUCCAGUGAUGAAUCCAAGGGAAAUAAUCCUUAUUUUAUGGGGAAAAUAAGAGCAGUUUGUGGAAGUUUUGGAAGCUAAUUCAGGUACAGUAGUAACUUUGUCUACUUAUGCACUUAAAAGAAGGUGACAAACGGAAGAUCGGUGGUGCUUUGUGAACUGCUGCUUAACCAGGACUGAUGUU